AUGCCUCCUCCUAGACUUGCACCUGACAAUUCUCCCAGAUACCUUAGCCCCGGCGGCUGGCUCGAACUCCAGGAGUUCAACCUUCCUCUCUCCGACGACGGUACCCUGACCGAAGAUUACGCCCUCUACCAGUCCAUGAAGUAUCUCGGCGAGGCCGCGGCCAAGACGAACCGCGCCUUUGUCGACCUCGACGCCCUCAAACCCAUGAUGGAGGCCGCAGGCUUCGUCGACGUGGCCGAGAUACGCUUCAAGUGGCCCAGCAACACGUGGCCCCGGGACAAGAAGUUCAAGGAGCUAGGCGCGUGGAAUUACGAGAACAUCACGACGGGCCUACAGGGCUUCCUCAUGGCUGCGUUGACCCGCGGGCUGGGUUGGAAGGCGGACGAGGUGAACGUGCUCGCGGCGCAGGCGAGGAAGGAUGUCGGGGAUAGGAGUAUCCACGCCUACUGGCCCAUGUGA